AAAAGAAUAAAAACAGAAGGCAUUUGGCGUGACCAUUUAUCUUCCCCGUCACAUAAAGGGCAUGGAAUUGGUGUGGGAAGUUGGAAGGAAAUUCAUGUGAAUGCAAAGGAUUGGGUCGAAAUGGAUAAUCCACCUCAUAUCGUGGAGUAUAUGACAUGUUUUUGGAAGGCGGUAGGAUUAUUCGGAAAAAGUUUGGGAAAUAUUUUGAGCUCUGCAUUUUGCUAAUGUUUUCCUUCAUUAAGCGUUGCAACCAAACUGGCGGGUUAGUUCUUUUGGUAGAAGCUCAGGAGGUUUUCAGAAGUUGGAGAACUGCACAAAGAAUAGUAUCAAGUCGAAUUUCCUCCAAACUUCCAGGUCAUGUUAUAUUGACAAAGCUCAACAAGCUUGAUCUUGCAUGGUUAUGGGAGCAAGCAAAACAUUGGAAGAAAGAGAAAAAAACAACAAUUGAUGGAAUGAUAAGUACUAAUGUGGAAGAAAGAGAAACUUGUGCUAGUCCAAAGCCUCAGAAGGAUUUUACAUCAGAAGUGGCAGAAUUCCAUCUGAUAAAAAAUCUACAACAUGGAAUCUCUAAGGAUAGCUGUAUACCAUCUGAUGAAAAAGCUUUGGAGGAUUCAGAAAGGAUUCUUGGUAUUGUUCAUGGUGUUUCAUUCACCGAAAAGAGAAGUACAUUUCAGGCUCAUCUUUCACCUGUAACUGGAACUGAUCAAGUAGAAAUGGUGAUUGGCACUCUGUUGCAAAACCGCAAAAUUGCUGCAGCUACACACAAUAUAAUGGCUUAUCGAAUUGCUAUUCCAGAAAAGGGCACAAUACUCCAAGAUUAUGAUGAUGAUGGGGAAACUGCUGCUGGAAGUCGACUUCUUCAUCUCUUACAAAUUGUUGAUGCUACUAAUGUGGUGGUGGUGGUAUCAAGGUGGUUUGGAGGGAUUCUACUUGGUCCAGACAGAUUUAAACAUAUUAAUAAUGCAGCUCGUUCACUUUUGCUCAGUUGUGGCUACAUCAAAAGUGCAGGCUCAAGCAACUCUACCUCUCAGCAGAAACAUGGAAGAGGAUCAAAUCAAAAAGGGAAAAAGAAAUAGAUAUCAAGAUUCAAGAAUUCUGAAAUAAGUAUAUUUGGACCUGGCAUGUAAUGGAUUUUCCUUCCUUUAUUUGAAGGAAGCAAAUCAAAAUAUACAGCUACUUCCUUCCUUAUACUUGAACAACAGGCAGAGUAUUAGAUUUAUAUCAAGGUAAAACAUUUUUUUAAAGUUUGGAUUUAAGCACUUAAGUUGUGGAUGGAUGAAUAGACCAUAAAUUAGUGUGACUUGUUUGUGAUUCAUCUAUGUAAACGUUUCAAUGAGUAUUGUAAACUAUUUGGAUUUA